AAGGAACAGAGGGAACCCUAGCCUAACUCAGACUCUGAGAACUACUGGCUGAAGGCCCGCGGCUACGAGCCUCGGUGUUCCCUGCCGCCGCCCGCUGUCACCGUGCUGCCGCGCGUGCCGCUCAGGGUCCCCUCUGCCACCCCCGAGCUGUCGCGUAGAGGCCACCUGGCUCUCUCUGCCUUCUCCCCGUCCCACGCGCGGCCCCUCAGCUCUUCCACGCACACACUCGGCUGCCCUUCUCUCCUGAGAGUUGCCUGGCACCUUCGGCGAGGAGUUUGGAGCCGGCCCGCCGCAGACGCCACACCGGCUGAGCGCGAGCUACGCAGGUGCCCUCACUUCGGUGCCGCUGCCAUCUCUGCCUUCCGCCUGGGUUGGACCCCAGCAUUGAGGGCUCCUUCCUACUUUUGGAAACUGAAGAGACUGCGACGUGAACCAAUUUACUGUUUUUCAGGUAUACUUCUCUGAAGAUGAUGUGUCAAAAAUUCUUUGUGGCUUUGUUACAUUGGGCAGAAUUUAUUUAUGUGAUAACAGCCUUUAACGUGUCAUAUCCAAUUACCUCCUGGAGCUUUCAGUUGUUUUGCAUGCCACCAAAUACAACCCAUGACGUUGUCUUGCCUCCUGGAAUCUCAAAGAAUACUUCAGAUUUGAAUGGACAGUAUGAGGCAGCUGUUGAAGCUAAAUUUAAUUCAAAUGGCACCUACUUUUCUAACUUCUCAUCCAAAACAACUGUCCAUUGUUGCUUUUGGAGUGAGGAAGAUAAAAACUGCUCUGUACAUGCAGACAACAUUGAAGGGAAGGAAUUUGUUUCAACAGUAAACUCUUUAGUUUUUCAACAAAUAGGUGCAAACUGGAACAUACAGUGCUGGAUGAAAGAGGACUUGAAAUUAUUCAUCUGUUAUAUGGAGUCAUUAUUUAAGAAUUCCGUCAAGAAUUCUGACCUUAAGGUCCAUCUUUUAUAUGUUCUGCCGGAAGUGUUAGAAGAGCCGCCUCUGGUCCCCGAGAAAGGCAGCUUUCAGCUUGUUCAGUGCAACUGCAGUGUUCACAAAUGCUACGAAUGCCGUGUGCCGGUGCCAACAGCCAAACUCAACUGCACGCUUUUUAUGUAUUUGAAAAUCACAUCUGCUGGCGUAGUUUUUCAGUCACCUCUAAUGUCAGUUCAGCCUAUAAAUAUUGUGAAACCUGAUCCACCACUAGAUUUGCAUAUGGAAGUCACAGACAACGGUCAGUUAAAGAUUUCUUGGUCCAGCCCAACAUUGGCACCAUUUCAGCUUCAAUAUCAAGUGAAAUAUUCAGAGAAUUCUACAACAAAUAUGAGAGAAAUUGAUGAGAUUGUUUCAGCUACAUCUCUGCUAGUAGACAGUGUGCUUCCUGGGUCUUCAUAUGAGGUUCAGGUGAGGGGCAAGAAACUGGAUGGCCCAGGCGUCUGGAGUGACUGGAGCAGCCCUCUUAUUUUUACUACACAAGAUGUCAUAUACUUUCCACCGAAAAUUCUGACACCUGUGGGGUCUAACGUUUCUUUUCACUGCAUCUAUAAAAAUGAAAACAAGAUUGUUUCCUCAGAAAAGAUUGUGUGGUGGAUGAAUCUAGCUGAGAAAAUCCCUCACAGCCAGUAUAAUGUUGUGGGUGACCAUGUUAGUAAAGUUACUUUUCACAAUUUGAAUGCAACCAAACCUCGAGGAAAGUUCACCUAUGAUGCAGUAUACUGCUGCAAUGAGCAUGAAUGCCACCAUCGCUAUGCUGAGUUAUAUGUGAUUGAUGUCAAUAUCAAUAUAUCAUGUGAAACUGAUGGGUACUUAACUAAAAUGACUUGCAGAUGGUCAGCCAAUACAAUCCAAUCACUUGUGGGAAGCACUUUGCAGAUGAGGUAUCGUAGGAGCAGCCUUUACUGUUCUGAUGUUCCAUCCAUUCAUCCCACAUCUGAACCCAAAGAUUGCAAUUUGCAGAGAGAUGGUUUUUAUGAAUGCAUAUUUCAGCCAAUCUUUCUAUUUUCUGGCUAUACAAUGUGGAUUAGGAUUAAUCACUCUUUGGGUUCACUUGAUUCUCCCCCAACAUGUGUCGUUCCUGAUUCUGUGGCCCCUGAUGAAAAAUGACUCAUUGUGCAGUGUGAGAAGAUAUGUGGUAAAACAUUACACUUCCCGAAAUGGAACAUGGUCAGAAGAUGUGGGAAAUCACACUAAAUUCACUUUCCUGUGGACCGAGCACGCACAUACUAUUACAGUUCUGGCUGUCAAUUCAAUUGGUGCCUCUCUUGCGAAUUUUAAUUUAACAUUCUCAUGGUCUAUGAGCAAAGUAAAUAUCGUGCAGUCGCUCAGUGCUUAUCCUUUAAACAGCAGUUAUAUGAUUCUUUCAUGGACAUUAUCACCCAGUGAUUACAAUCUGAUGUAUUUUAUUCUUGAGUGGAAAAUUCUUAGUGAAGACAAUGAAAUUAAAUGGCUUAGAAUUCCUUCAUCUGUUAAAAAGUAUUACAUCCAUGAUGAUAUAGAAAAACGCCACAAUGAUACAGGUCUAUAUGUAAUUGUGCCAAUAAUUAUUUCCUCUUCAACCUUGUUGCUUGGAACAUUGUUAAUGUCACAUCAAAGAAUGAAAAAGCUGUUUUGGGAAGAUGUUCCAAACCCCAAGAAUUGUUCCUGGGCACAAGGACUUAAUUUUCAAAAGCCAGAAACGUUUGAGCAUCUUUUUAUCAAGCAUACAGAGUCAGUGACAUUUGGUCCUCUUCUUUUGGAGCCUGAAACCAUUUCCGAAGAUAUCAGUGUUGAUACAUCAUGGAAAAAUAAAGAUGAGAAUGCGUCAACAGCUAUGGUCUCUCUACUUUUGACAACACCAGAUCUUGAAAAGGGUUCUAUUUGUAUUACUGACCAGUGUGAUAGUGCUAACUGCUCUGAGGCCCAGAGCACCAAGAUAACCUGUGAGGUUGAAAGCAGGCGAGAACCCUCUGUUAAAUAUGCCACUCUGCUCGGCAGCUCCAAAUCAAUUGAAAUCGAUGAAGAGCAAGGGCUUAUAAAUAGCUCAGUCAGCAAAUGCUUCUCUAACAAAAAUCCUCUGUCAAAGGAUUUUUUCUCUAAUAGCUCAUGGGAGAUAGAAACACAGGCAUUUUUUAUGUUAUCAGACCAGCAUCCCAAUAUAAUUUCACCACACCUUACAUCUUCAGAAGGCCUGGAUAAACUUUUGAAACUUGAGGAAGAUUUCCUUGAAGAAAAUAAUGAUGAAAAAUCUGUCUAUUAUUUAGGGGUCACGUCAAUCAAAAAAAGAGAGAGUGAUGUGUUUUUGACUGAUGAGUCCAGUGUGCUGUGCCCAUUCCCAGCCCACUGUUUAUUCACUGGCUACCGAAUCCUCCAGGACAGUUGCUCUCACCUGGUAGAAAAUACCUUCAACUUAGGAACUUCUGGUCAGAAGACUUUUGUAGCUUACCUGCCUCAGUUUCAGACUUGCUCCACUCAGACUCAGAAGAUAAUGGAAAACAAGAUGUGUGAUCUAACUGUCUAAUUUCAAUCAAGAAACAUCUCAGAUUAUGCUAUAAUGAGUCAUAUAAAGUGUAAUAUAUUCCACUGUAGUUGUGGAUAGGGGAGAGAAAAGAAGACUGAGUCAAAUUUGAAAAUGAUUGUUCUAAAAUUAAAGGCAUCUGUCCUCACUCAGUAAUACAAGAUAGAAAAAAUGUGAGCAAGCCUUCAUGAGCCUAGCAAUGUAGAUGGACUCUUCUAAUGAUUCUUUAACAACUACAGUGGGAACGUCUCCAAUGACUUGUUUCUAGCUAGAAAUAAGCCCAACAAAUGUCAUUUGUGAACAUGACACCUGUGUAGAAAAAGCUAAUCUUCUGAAUUACACCUAUACCUGAAAGAAGACUUCAA